CUCUUUUUUUUUAAAAAAAAAGAGAGAGAGAAGAAAAAAAGAAGAAAAAAAGGGUCUCGUACACCGAAACCUUUCAUCGUCCACGCCAGGCACGCCUACUGCAAUAGGUAGCUACAUACCUAUACCUACUUAUUCAAUUAUACGCCUCCGGGGAGACGGGUGUUCCACCAAUAAUCCUUAAUUAUCAGAGCUCCCCCAAGGAAACCCCAAGACAAAAAAAAAGGGGGAAGAAAGAAAGAUGGAUGACCCUUCGAGCUACGAACCUAGUAGUAAUCCGCCGCUAGACGAGGUGCCACAACACGCGCCAGCUGCUGUCGGUGCCGGUGCCGCUGUCGCCGCUACCGCCCCCGCCAUAUCGUCGGAUUUGCACUCGUUCAUACCACCGCUACUUCGACCAGGUCACGAGCUUCCUUUUGUGCAGCCAUCCUCGUAUCUCAGACCCAAACUUCGGACACGCACAGUCCCUGCGCCCACGCCGCCAAUGAGUCCUAUUGACGAAGAGCAGCUGCAAGGCCUGAAAGGUCUGCGCAAUUUUCUCCGAGUUAGAACUAGCUACGAUGUGCUUCCGCUCUCAUUCCGACUUAUCGUGCUGGACAAUGAUCUCUUGAUCAGGAAGAGUCUUGACAUCCUGAUCCAGAAUGGAAUUGUCUCGGCACCUCUCUGGGAUUCGCAGCAAGCCAGAUUCGCGGGGCUUCUCACUGCGACCGACUAUAUCAAUUUAAUACAAUACUACUGCCAGUUUCCCGAACACAUUGAUAAUGUAGAUAAGUUUAGGUUGAGCAGUCUUCGCGACAUCGAAAGGGCAAUUGGCGUCCUUCCGUUAGAAACUGUGUCGGUCCACCCUACGAGACCCCUGUACGAAGCCUGUAGUCGCAUGCUCAAAAGUCGCGCUCGUCGUAUUCCGCUGGUCGACAUUGAUCACGAAACCGAGAGAGAAACAGUUGUGAGCGUCAUCACACAGUAUCGCAUCCUCAAGUUUAUCGCCGUCAACACUGAGCAACACACAAUGCUUCUUAAGCAGACCGUACGAGAGAUAGGGUUAGGGACUUAUAAGGACCUCGCAACCGCUAAGAUGACAGACUCGGUACUCGAGGUAAUCAACUUGAUGGUGGUUCACAACAUUUCCGCCGUCCCGAUUGUUGAUAGGAACAACGUCGUGCUCAACGUGUUUGAGGCCGUAGACGUUAUACCGUGUAUCAAAGGGGGUGUGUACGAAGAGUUGGAGUCAACCGUGGGGGAAGCAUUGUCGAGGAGGCCAGACGACUUCCAAGGCAUCUAUACUUGUCAGGAGGACGACAGGCUUGAUUCCAUCUUUACCACGCUACGACAAUCUCGAGUACACAGGCUAGUAGUCAUCGAUGACAAUUGGCAAUUGAAGGGCAUGAUAUCCCUCUCCGACAUCCUCAGGUACGUCCUAUUCACUGGCGUCACUCCCGACGAAGGUGAAUACUUUCCUCCGCCAUGAAAAGCCAGUGAAAGCUCGGACGACGAUUUUCCUUCUUCUUGAUGAUGAUACAUGAGACCUUGGAAAUGGGAGCAAUGAGGUUAUGGAUUUAAAGGAGGUAAUGAUGGAUGGGCAUUGUAGAGGAGUCUGGCGUUCUCAAGAAUGGGGAGAUUGCAUACGGAUCAGUCUCUAAGCCGACACGGGUUUUCAUACUUUCUCAGUCCUCGCGCGCUGAUAUGAUGGAGUACCUACCUGGUUUAAGGGGGAGGAAAGGAAUUGCAUGGUCUAGAUGGCGGGCUAGGUGGGAGACAAAAUGGUCAGGAUCUACCCGUGGUAACCAUAACACUUGUUUCUCGGAGGCGCAAUAUAUUUCCAGUGUUAACAGAUUAGACAUGUACCAGGUAUUAUAGUAUGUAGGUAUAGAAGUGCUUUCCUCCUCUAACGUGUUGUCUCUGACAUGGUAGCUACCAUUAUAUCUACUAGGUGCCUGUAGUGAGUCUAGUGACUUCUUCAGACUUCCCAUCGUACAUGAUACAUAGUAGUAUUAUGGAAGGAGUGAUGCGGUCAGGAUAUACUAUAAAUACC